AUUUGAUUUGGUUGUUUUCCUUGUACAUAUAUGUUAAACAAGUAAUGUCAUUAAACUCCUCAAAUGAUCUAGAUCCAAUUUUGAAAAGACCAAGGUUUCUUAAAAAAAGACAACCCUCAAUAAAACCUAUUAUUAAAGAAGUCACUAUAACUAUGACUCAUUGGAUAACCCAUCAUGAUUGCAUCAUAUUAAGUACCAUUGAUUCUUCAAGAAUAAACACAAAAAGCGAUACACGUGAAUAUGUGACAAUUACAGGUACCAGAGAUAUAUAGCACUUUUCUAAAAAAGAAUUGAUCA